AUGAACUUGUCGGCUGUUUAUCUUGUCCGCUCGUUCAAAGCUCAAUUGCUUUCCUUAUCUUCUUACUGGGAUGUGUUGUGUGGAAACGAAACAGAGGCUUGCGCUUUUGCUGAAGAGAUUGGGCUGGAGGUGACCUCGUUGGAAAGUAUUGCCCUUGAGCUGAGUCGUAUGAAGAAGGAAAACCCACAAAGGCAGCGUGUUAUUGUAAUAACGCGAGGUCCUCUUCCGACUAUCGUCUGUUAUGAUGGCAGAGUAACACUGCACGAAGUCUCUCCGCUGGAAGAUGGCGAGAUUGUGGACACCAAUGCAGCGGGGGACGCCUUUUUUGGAGGGUUUCUCGCACAGUAUGUCAUGGGUCACUGA